AUGGCACCGACUAGAAAUGUUGACUAUGAUGCCGUUGUCAUUGGUGCAGGAUUCGGCGGCAUCAGAUCGCUUUGGGAGCUAUUGCAGUGCGGUCUCACUGUCAAGUGCUUUGAGAGUGGAUCUGAUGUAGGAGGUGUUUGGUACUGGAACCGCUACCCUGGUGCUCGCACCGACAGCGAAGCAUGGGUGUACACGAUGAACUUUGAUCCUGGUGCCAAAGAAGAAUGGGACUAUCGCACCCGUUAUCCUGGCCAAGAAGAAGUUGGCCAAUACCUGGGCCGUGUUGUCGAUCGCUUUGAAUUGCGAAAGCAUAUGCAAUUCAACACGAGAGUUCUUUCAGCACACUUUGACGAUGAAAAUGAUGAGUGGACCGUUACAACGAGUGACGGCUCAUCAACCACUUGCCGAUUUUUUGUACCAGCAACCGGCCCGUUGUCAACCAUCAAGGCCCCGCCCUUCCCAGGACUGAAAUCAUUCAAGGGCGAGUGGUACCAAUCGGCUCGAUGGCCCAAAGACAAGGUCACUUUUGCCGGCAAACGUAUUGCUGUCAUCGGAACGGGAGCCACGGGUGUUCAAAUCAUCCCGAAAAUUGCUCCGGUCGCCAAGCAGCUCACUGUUUUCCAACGGACGCCAAACUUUGUUCUUCCCGGGAGAAAUCAUGACAUCGAUGAGAAUCAGGCCACAGAAAUCAAGCAACAAUAUGAGUCCGUGUGGGAUCAAGCCAAAAACCACCCAUUUGGACUGGCAAUGACACCGUCGGGAAAAGGAGCUGGAGACUUCCAGAACUCCACUGAGGUCAGCCAGCUUCUUGAUGGUGGCUGGGAGUGUGGCGGCUUUCAUUUCCAAUUCGAGACAUUUGACGACGUCUUUACGAACAAAGACAGCAAUGAAAUUGCCUCGGAAUACCUCCGUCGAAAGAUUCGCGCUGUUGUCCGAGAUCCAGAGACUGCGGAACUUCUCUGUCCCAAGUACCCCUUCCUCACCAAGCGUCCCCCGUGUGGGCACUUCUAUUACGAAACUUUCAACAGAGCCAACGUCCAGCUGGUCGACAUCAGCUCCGAUAGCAUUGAUCUUUAUGAGAACGGUGUCGUCACGGGGUCCGGGGAGUAUGAGUUUGACAUGGUCAUCUUUGCUCUAGGCUUUGACGCCGGCACUGGGGCUCUCAGCGAGAUAGAUGUCAAAGGGCCUCAAGGAAGGUCGCUCAGGGAAUGCUGGACAUCCAAGGUUGAUACCUUCGCUGGUACACUGAUCCCCGGGUUCCCCAAUAUGUUCUCGGUGUGUGGACCCCACGUGCCUUUCGGGAAUAUGCCAGUGGUGGUGGAUAUUCAGUUAGGAUGGAUCGGGAAGACCAUUCGUUUCAUGCGACAGAAUAGCUUCUCAAAGAUCGACGUCAAGAAGGAGGCGGCGGAUGCGUGGAAUGCACAUCUCAGGGAGGUUUUCUCCGGUUUGCUCACUUCGAAGGACUCCGAGACACACGGUGCCUGGUUUGUCGGGGCAAAUAUUCCUGACAAACCCACGGAUAUUCUAUUCUACUUUGGUGGUGUUCCGGCGUGGUCGUCUUGGUUGCAAAGCGAAGUGAAGUCUUUAUGGGGUAACAUGAAGUUUUCUCCCCGUCGAGCAUCCGAGAGGGCCAGUCGAGGGGGCGGCAAACUUGUGCCUUCAUUGUAA